AUGACGAAACCCACAAAAGAUAAUAAUGACGAUGUAUUAGAUUUUAUCAAUUCAUUACCUGAUUCUAAACCAGGUACUCCCAAACCAUCCAAAACUUCUGGUUCAAAUACAGGAGGAGGCAAUGAUUCGACUGAAAACAAGGAGGAUUUAUUAGAUUUUUUGGAUGAAUUGGAACAACAUGAAAAGACCAAAAAGACCAAAAAACCAUCUAAAUUAGCCCCUAAAACAGCAAGUAAACCAACAAGUAGUGAUGCUGACGAUGAACCAACCACAGGAACUACUACUGAUAAGUCAGACACUACCAACGAAGAUAUUGAACCACAACAACCCCAAGAAAAAACUGAGGAAGAAAGUGAUAAUCAAGAUAUACCUAAUCCAAUUUCCUCAAUUACCAGUUGGUGGAACCUGGAAGGGUCUAAUAAAGUUAAUUCACUUUGGGGAAAAAUUACUGAUAAUGCUGAAAAAUUAUCUGAACAAACAUAUCAAUUGGCCAAUGAUGCAACUAAUCAAUUAAAUACUCGAGCUAGAAACUUAGAUACUGAUCAAAUCACAGGUCAAUUAAAUAAUUUGUUUCACAAUGUAUCCAAUACAUUAAAGCAAGGGUUGAUUGAAGAAGCUGACGAGAUUUUAAAUGUAUCUAUUAUCAAUGAAAUUAAUUAUGAUGCCAUUAAUGUGAAUAACUUGGUAUUAGAUAAUUUCUUAAAAGUAGUUAAUCAAGUUGAAGGUAGAAUUCACGUCAGACUAAAUGAAUUUAAUCAAGGUCAAGAAGAACAGAUCAAAAAGAACCAAGAGGAUCAGGUUGAACAUCAUCAAGAACAAUCAAAUAUAGUUAUUACUUGUAAUGCCAACCAAGAUGAAGAGAAUAAACUUGUUUAUUUCGAAAUAACUUUGAAAGAUAUUACUAAUGGUAUUACUAUCACUAACAAGAGUCAAUCAUUACCAUUACAAUGGUGGAAAUGGAUUCAAGGUGAGAAAUUAGAAUUUGACGAAUCCAUUGAUCCUAAAGAAUGGGUGAAAACUUGGGUCAAGAAUGGAUUGGAUUUGAGUGUUGGAAUACUGGUCCAACAGUACAUUAUUAACAGAAUGGGUGUUUGA